AUGCCCAAUUAUACGGUGCUGACUGAAUUUCUCCUCAUGGGCUUUGCUGACAGGUGGGAGUUGAGAUUUCUGCACUCCAUGUUAUUCCUUCUGAUGUACUCAGCCACCCUGAUAGGAAAUCUGCUAAUAGUCACUGUUACCACACUUGACCAGGAUCUUCACACACCCAUGUACUUCUUUCUCAGGAAUCUUUCCAUCUUAGACAUGUGCUUCAUUUCUGUCACUGUCCCCAAAGCCUGUGUCAACUCUCUCUCUGACAACAGGGCCAUUUCAGUGGCUGGGUGUGCAAGUCAGAUCUUCUUGGUUGUUUAUUGUGUGUAUGUUGAGCUUCUAUUUCUCACCCUUAUGGCCUAUGACCGCUACGCAGCCAUCUGCCAGCCCCUUCACUACCCGGUGAUCAUGAACCACAGAUUCUGUGUCCAGAUGACGCUGGCCUCUAUGCUUAGUGGUCUUUUCUAUGCAGGGGUGCACACUGGCAACACUCUCCGACUGUCAUUCUGUCAGUCUAACGUGGUCCAUCAGUUCUUCUGUGACAUUCCCUCUUUGCUGAGGCUUUCAUGCUCUAACAUUUUGAGCAAUCUGCUCUUAAUUUUUGUCUCUGCCAUUUUCUUUGAUGGUACCUGCUUUGUCAUCAUUACAAUGUCUUAUUGUUGCAUAUUUUCUACUGUGCUCAAAUUUCCAACCAGAGAACAAGGAAAGGCUUUUUCCACUUGUGUCCCUCACAUCAUUGUAGUAUCACUCUUCCUCAGUUCUGGAAUCUCUGUGUACCUAAAAUCUUCAGUGUCUUCUGAUGCAAUUCAAGACAUGAUUCUUUCUGUAUUUUAUACCAUAGUUCCUCCUUUCUUGAAUCCUGUCAUUUAUAGUCUUAGAAAUAAACAGAUAAAAGAAGCUGUUAGGAAAGUAGUGUUAAGAAAAUUUUAUUCUAAACAUAUAUAA